CUAAAUCGGUCGUUCCACGCCUUUAUAUUAAUCGAUAAUCAUCAUCUUCUUCCUCCUCGGCCGCGUCCAUGGAUCCUUCCUGGUCUUCUCAUCACUUCACUUUCAACUUCUAUGUCCAUUUAAAUCUCUCUGUUUCUGUUUCUAUUUUUUUUCCCAGAAUGAUGAGUUUGGAUUAAAUAUCUCACGACGGUCGUCUGAGCAGCCAAUCGGCUUUCUGAUGAAAUAAUCCAUAGAAUCUGACUUCGUUUCUUGUCUGAAUCGGUUUUGAUUUUAAUGUCCGGUGAAAUUUGUUCAUCAAUUGGGUCUGAAGUUUGACUCUUUGGCACCAUUAAUGGCCAUGCCUCAGGGAUGAAUGCAGAACCCUAAAUCACAGUUCUUCCUUCUGUUGAAAUUUGGGCGAAGUCUCUUUUUUGAUCUCACCCAACAUAUUUGAAGGGUACAUUUUAAGAAAUCAAAAUUGGAGGAAAUUUGUAUAUUGAUUCUGCAGGAUUCAAAAAAUUGCUGGUGAGUACUCCUAAUUUUGUAAUAAGAACUCUCAAUUCCCAUUGUUUUUCAAAAUAUACUUCGAAAUACAAAUCUAAUAUUAUUAUUUUUUAUUUUAGGGUUAACUUUUAUCAAUUUUUACCGAAAAAAUCAAAAGUAAUAAUAAUAACUAGUGGUAUCUCGGAGUAUGUUUUGAAAAACAAUGAGACUUGAGAGUUCUUAUUAUAAAAUUAGGGGUACUCAGUAGUAAUUUUUUGUGCAGGAUUUGAUGUUUUCGAAAUUAAACAAAAAAAUAAAUUGAAGGCUCUUUUUUGUAGACUCUUUUACUUUGAUUUUCUGUUUUCAUCUGAUUAUUUGUUUGUUUUGAUAUUUGUUCUGAUCCAACCAAACAGAGCCUUAAUGUUAAAUUACCCUUAUGAACAUUUUACAUUCAUUCCCACUUUCUAAUCGAUAUCUUUGUGUUUGCAGAAGUCUUAUAUUUACAUAGUUACAGAGUAUAUUUCAUCAUAGCUAAAGUUAAAACUUAAAUUGGUGUGAUUUAUUAAUGAUUCACCAAUACAAAAUUCCAUAAUAAGUGAUCUUUUGUUGGGUUGACAAACUUAUUAUUAAGAAAGAUGUUAAUAUAAGUAAACAAAUUCCCUUCUUAAUGUUACAAAAAACGAGCGGUGAAGAAAACCUACCGGCACAAAUCAAGGCCGGCCCAAGGGCUAUGCCACAUUGCUCAAUUGCACGGGCUUAGGGGUGAUUAAAUUAAUUGGACCGACUGCUACGAGAGAGAGAAAAAGGGGGUUCUACACAAGAAUAUUAUUGGGAAAUUCAAGAACUUGUUUUGUCCUCAUAUUUUCUUGCCCUGCUUUUCUUUUAUUUUCUCCUCUAACCAAACAAAAAAAUUGUUUUCCCUAUCAUUUUCUUUUCUUUUCCUUUUCAAAUUCGUUGAACCAAACAUGGUGCUAGUGUCAUAGUGGGUAUAUGGUGUGUGUGCAUGUUGCGUAGUCCUCUCAUUCCAUGAAUCUAUUAUCUUCACCUGACUGUUUAUGCACAUAACUUCUAUGUUGCAAUGCCCUUGUUUUGGCCCAUUUAAAGCACUCCAGUUCUCAUUUAGGGCGUUGCUGCUAAAAUGUCUAAUAUUGUCUUCGAUGAGACUUUCAAGAUCGUUGGAAUUGAUGUUGAUGGGAAAAUAUAUGACAAAGUUUCUAGGAUUGAUGCAAAGGGUGAAGAUGGUAUCACAGAUAUGGUGCUGGAUAUAAACUCAGAGAUAUAUCCCGUAUUUGUGAACAAGCUGUACAGGAUGGUGCUAUCACGCACACUUGAUUUAGGUGGUUCAGAUAACCAUCCUGAGGGCAAGACGAUAUCGCUUGCAGACAAAUUUGAGUAUAUCAUGCAUGGCUUGCUUUAUAAGGUUGCGGAGGAGUCAUCUAAAGUGGCGGUGUAUAUUUCUUUUGGGGGACUUCAACUGAAGCUGUGCAGUGCACCCCUGAACAUGUCCAAAUUCAAGCUUGACCAACGUCUCUUUCUUCUUUUGAGGAAAAUCUGAUUUUUCUGUUGUUUGGGUUAGAAGGCUAUCUGUUGCAAGACAAGUGUUUAUCAUUUUCUCUUUAUGCUGUGUGAGACUGCUUUUGCACCAACAAAGUGAUCUAGCAUUUCAUUAAAUCAAGCUUUUGCAAUUUGUGAUGAUAAUACUCCAUAGUAGUCAAUAGAAGUGAGCAAAAAGGGUAAAUU